CGCGGCGCUUCGGCUGAACACGACGGUGAAGCCGGCCAGCGAGUUGGGAAGUCCCGCUGCGGAGCUGCGGAGCGAGCGGGCAGAGCGGGGGUCCAGCUCCGCCGGAGCCUCCAGCGGGGGAUUUACCACUGAAGCCGGCGGGGGGAGCCGAGGAGCCGGGGGUCUGUGCAGCCGUGCAGCUGCUGACCGCAAGGUUACUGAAGUGCAGCCAAAGAGAGAAAGAAGAGCUGGAGAAGAAGUCCUCACAGUCCCCCAAACAUGCGCCCUCAGAGCCGGGGGAGUUCCGCUGCGCUACCUGUGAGUCUGAGGGUCAUUAGAGAAGCAGCAGCAGCGGCGUCCAGCUGUGCGGACCUUCUCCUCCACUGAAGAUAAAGAAGAAGAAGCUACAGGAGGAGUGCGGGGCUCUGCGUUUCUCUGCAGCUUCACUGAGGUGCUGGUGGUCCCUCUCUGAGAGGAGGAGGAGGAGGGGGGCUAGGGAAGAAGAUAAAGGAGUUCUGAAAGAGAUAAAGAGAUAUCUACCUGUCUUUCUACUGUUUUCAACGAAAUGGGAAAAGGGUCUUCACCUGUCCAGUAAGAAUGUUUCCGACCCACAGAGAGAGGGAGCAGCCCAUUUUCAGCUCUCGAGCUCAUGUGUUCCAGAUCGAUCCAGCCACUAAACGUAACUGGAUUCCAGCCAGCAAGCAUGCUGUCACCGUCUCCUUCUUCUACGACGCCAACCGGCACGCCUACCGCAUUAUCAGUGUGGGGGGCACCAAGGCCAUCAUUAACAGCACAAUCACACCCAACAUGACAUUCACCAAGACGUCACAGAAGUUUGGCCAGUGGGCAGACAGCAGGGCGAACACUGUGUAUGGCCUGGGCUUCGCCACCGAGCAGCAGCUUCAUCAGUUUUCCGAGCGCUUCAAAGAAGUAAAGGAAGCCGCCCGUCUGGCCAGAGAGAAAUCACAGGAUAAGCUGGAAAUGGUCAACCCUGGCCUGAACAUCGCAGCCCCACAGGACUUGUCAGACGAGCUGCAGUCCCCACCCGUGAUGUGUGUGAACGGGCCAGAUGACAAGCUGUUCCGCAGCCAGAGUGCAGACAUCACACUUUCCUCAGAGAAAGAACGCAUCAAAAAGAUGCUGUCGGAGGGCUCGAUCUGUGAGAUGAACCUGGAGGCCGAACUGUUCACCCUGCAGGACAGCAAUGCUAAACUGGUGGCAGCGCUGCAUGAAGCUAAUGCCAACGUGGAUCAGUGGAAGAAGCAGCUGGCGGCCUAUCAGGAGGAGACGGAGAGGCUGAGGGACCAGGUGGCAGAUUUGGAGGCUCAUGGAGGUCAGGGCCCCAGUGACAUGCUGAAGGACGAGCUCACUCAGUCUCUGGAGGAACUGGAGGCCUUACUCAGAGCUAAAGAUGAGGAAAUACGCAUUCUUCAAGCCAAGAAGUCAGACUUUCAUGAGAUGGAGCAGGAGAGAGAAGAAGCCAUUCACAGACUACAGGAGCUGGAGAUGCGUAAUGUGGAUCUGGAGAGGAGGGUGCAGAACUCCGAGCAGAGUCUGGCCUCCACUCUGGAGGAUCGGGAUCGCACGGAUAGCGAGAUCCAGAGGGUCGUCCAGAUCCUCGACGUCAAGAUCUUCGACCUCAAUGACCUCCGUCAGAGCCUGGUCAAACUGCUGGAGAAAUAGUGGAGUGAGGUGACCUUCUGACUGACCCUGAGGAGACGGAGAGAGACGCUACGGCGUCUCGUCCUCGGCUCAGCGGCCGGGCUCCCGGCAUAAACGGCCCGCGUUCAGGAGGUGCCACAUUUCAGCACGUAGAGUAGCUACGCUUUUCUAAUAGAGAACAGGGAACAGGGCUAGGAUGUGCUAGUUAAUCAUACACACUCUCUCAGUUUUCCGUUUUCAGGUUUCUUUGGUGUUUUCUCUCCGUUUUUCAGUAUGAUGACAGUUUCUGUUAACAGAUUAGCAAUAACUCUGUUUCUCUGAGUUUCUCUUGAGUUGAGUUGUUCAGUAUUAGGUUAAUAAUAAUGAUAAUAAUAAUUGAGGGGAAAGCACUAUUUUUGAUACAGCGUGUGGAGCAUGGCUGUAGUGGAAUAUACAGUAUAAGCAGAGAUGUAUUAUAAGUAACAUAUUAUAUAUAAGUUGUGUUAUAUAUUAUAAGUUAUAGAUGUAAACGUAAACACGUAAAUGCAUAUUUACACAAAACAGAGGGUAGAAUUAACCAGUAUGGUACUCUUUUUAAUUAAAAAACAAACAAAUGGCACAGACUAUAGAAAAGCACAAGGACAGGCACACUGAAUCUCUUUUAACACUUUUUUUCAGUUUCAGUUUCAUUUAUAUUAACUAAAACUAAGAAAUUGGAGAUGGAUUUUGAGAAAUGUACCAUAUAUGUCGUAUAUGAUGAAUGUACAAUAGGGAUGCAGUACCUCUGCUCAGAAGAUAAGCAGUGCUAGAGCUGGAGACACCUGUAUACCAAAGACCAGCAGAACGGUCAGUGCUCCACUAUUAAGGCUUAUUUAUGCUCAACAUUAAAUAAUAAUCUGAAUACAGACGGAGCCUUGUAUCUGUAUUCUUGUGUUAAUUUUGUCUGUAUUUGUGCACGUUCUCUGAAAGCCUAAAUAUAAGUAUAAAGUACAAAGUAGUUUCAUCUUUGCUGUAACGGGUGCAUAUAUAACCUAUAAUAACCUUUAUCUCCUUCACUGUUAUUGGAAUAGUGGACGUAUUGCUUAACAUCCAAUAUAUGCCAAUGGAAAGGAUGCAUAGAAGUAUGUGGGCAGUAAAGACUGGUUUAUACUUCUGCGUCGAGUCAUCGCAUUGCAUACGAUGUAGCCUGCAUGAGAGUGUGUAUAUAUAUAUAUAUAUAUAUAUAGUAUAUAGUUUGUGUUUGUGUGUCUGCAACCGCACAGCUCGUCAGUUUAAAGGAGAACUCUGUGGGAAAUUGAUUUAUGGUGUAGUAAAACAUGAUACAGAGGACUAACCUUUGUUGAAUAGCCCUCUUAAUUCUCCCGCAGCUUUCCGAGAUCCAGCUAUUUUUUUUUACAGUUUGUACAAACAGGCUAGAAUGGGUUUUAACAGGGCAUAUUUUGCCCCUGCAGAUGCAUCGCUUUUUACACUGAUAUCCAGGCUCAAAAUAGCUCCACACCUCAUUGAUAGAAUCCGGAGAGCUCUGACAUUUAAAACAAGGCAUUAAUAAUUUUAAAAGUGCACAAGAAGCUUAUUAAAAAAACUGUUCACAACCUGUAGCGUAAGCUAAAUCUCCAGGCGCUGCCAUCUUAAAUAAAGUCAUGAUCAGUAGAAUGAUGAGCACGUAAAGUUGACGGAAGUACAUGUUGCGUAUGUGAAGAAGACGUGGCCGGGAUGUGUGCUGUGCUCGGACUGCAGCUUCAGCCGGCAUAACAAAGGAAAAGGCAAAGGGAAAAAAAGACCAAAUUUUUGCCUUUCCAAGCUGCAACAUUACAUGCUCGUCACUCUACUGAUCAUGACUUUUACUUUAAGAUGGCGGUGCUCAGAGAUGUAGGUUAUGCCUCGGAUUGUAAAAGUGUUUUUUAAAUAAACUUCUGCACUUUUAAAGUUAUUAAUGCCUUGUUUUAAAUGUCAGGGCUCUCCAGAAUCCACCAUUGAGGUGUGGACCUACUUUAGACCAGGAUAACAGUGUAAAAAGGGAUUUAUAUGCAGGGGCAAAAUCUGCCACGUUAAAACCCAUUCUAGCCUGUUUAGACAAACUGCACAAAAUCGCUGGAUCUCAGAAAGCUGUAGGAGAGCCGAGGUGUGCUAUUCAACAAAGGUUAGUGCUUUUUAUCAUGUUUUACUACACCCAGAUUAAAUUUUACACCAGAGAUCUCCUUUGAUGUGCGGGCGGGAACACAAGGCUCGACAGACCAAUCACAGCACUGGCUUUCCAAGUCGUAUAGUUACAUUGUUCUGGGGAUUUACGAAACCUCGUUCGUAUCCGUAUUUGAUGUUGAGCAUAAAUCAGAAUUAAUGGCAGCACUGCUCGCUCAGUUUGAUACAGAUAGAGGAAGUGAUACAGAAACAGCAGUGAUAGAUAAUCACACAGUCAUGUGUAGAACCUACUAAUGUAAUAAUUUCCCAAUAAUGUCAUCAAUUAGUAUGGAUCCACUGAAAGGACAUGGUGUAUUUUUUUACGUAAAAUGCAGGGAGCACCACAUACUAAGUGGUGAGCACCAGAUAAUGGUAGCUAGCAAAGUACAGUUUAAACUGACUUGUUCCACAGUGAAAUAAAGUUGUUAGCUAGAUAGUUAGCGAUGUUAGCUAAUGUUAACAACUUUAUUUAAGUGGGGAAUGUUUCUGCUAGGUAGCUAAAAGUAGCUAUAAGCCCAGGUCUAACAAUAGCCAGCUAACUCUUAUGAGACGUGCACAAGGCAGGAGAUAUAAUUUUGUAAAAAAAAAAUGUCAGGGGGACAUUUGCUCUGUAAAUUAUUCAUAAAUGUAAUAAAAUCUAAAAAUACAUAAUAGUGCUGGGCAAUAUGACUUAAAAUCAACAUCACCUUGAUUAAUAUUAGGUCCUUCCAAAGCCAUAUUUUCACCUUUUUUUCAUUUAGAUAACUUAUACAUAUAAAACGUGCUCUAUUUAGACUUGCAACUUCAGCACAGUACUUAAUUUAACAGUACAAUAGUAAAGUCUAAUUUUGAUGUUAUAUAUUUUAUAUAUUUUAUAUAUAUUAUAGUUAUAUAUGAUCAUUUACUGGAAGGGCUCAAAUAAUGAAUGACAGCAUUUGUCAAAUACUCAUGCUGCUCGGUUAGCUUCUUGAUCAUUACCUUUAAAAGUUGUUGGAUGUCCCGGUCUUUUUAUUUUAUAGUUUUAAUUAUCAUACACGUUUUAUAUCAAUUUAGAUAAAAAAUUGUAUAUACACAUUCCAUAUAUUGGAAUUAGUUAGUUUUGUCUUUGUUAAGCUUCAAAAGUAUGGCAUCAAAAUAGGGUCAAAUCUUUUAAGAAACAAAAUGUACAAUUUACAAUAAUAAAAAAUAAUAAAUUGUUUAUGAUUAUGAUAUCAAUAAUAGUCCUCUUGUUUUUAAAUUUAAAUUUCUUGGUUAUGGAUUAAACAUUUGGUUCUUAAAACAUUUGACCCCAUACAAAAGUUUCCAAAUAUAUAAUUUAUAAAUUAUAAAAACAAAGUACUACAACACUGAGGUUUUAUUGCUUUUUUGUUCAGUUCAAUGAUUAUUGGGAAAUUAUUGCAUUAUUAAUUCUACAAGCACGCUGGAGAAAUGGACUAUAGUAGCAUUUAUAGAAACUCAACAAUAGGUACGAAAAAUACUCACAGUUCAUUUACUCCAAUAGGUUAGUGUAGGUUAAGAUAGCACUAAAGUAUAAUAGUUAAAUAUAAGCUAAGGAUUAUUUUUGCUAUACAGGAAUGCAGAGCUUUUGGCUUGGAUGGGUCUAGUAUUGUAUUCCAGUGACUUGCUUUUGCAGCUAGAUAAUAGAGAUAGAUAGGGCUUCUAUGCAUUAAGUUAUGCUGAUGCCACAGGCCUUGUGUGAUCAAGGUUGCAUGGUUGAGUUUCGGUCGUAGCUUCAGAAACCUAUUCAGAGCCGUGCUUCAUGUAUUUGUAAACGUGCACACUGUAUGUGGUGGUGAAACGGUACCAGUGCUAGAGGGCCUGCAGCUAAACACAUACAGGAUCAAGUCUUAGAGAUAACUUUAUUUAAUGCUUUGGUGAAUGCAGGUUUUCAGUCAUGAAUUAAAUCAACAAGCAAUUGUGCUACUUCAGUCUCUGCAGGGGGUCUAAAUGAUGCUCUUUAAAGGGAUACAGCUACCAGUUUUCAGUGACAUAUCAAGAAUUUGUAUCGUCAUAUUCUGCCUUUAUCACUCUUUACAUGUUAACCGAUGUCCUAUUUGUACAUAAAAGGCCUUAUUUUUGGUACAGGCAAAUUUCCACAUCACUCAUUUUUCAUAUUGUGGGCUACAAUUAUUUACCAGGUUUAUUCUUUUUUUUUUUUUGCUUAUAAAACUUUAAACUGUGCACAGAUACUGAGCAUCUAGCAUCUAUAAUGUUAAAUUAGACUGGUAUAUAGCAUUUGUUUUACACUUUUACGCAGUUAUUGUAAUCUUGGCAGUCACUCUGCUCUGGCCUUCUACCAGUUAACACCUAAGAUCUCAGUUUCUAUGCUGAAUAAGUGCACAGUUUCCAUGAAUAAAUUAUAAUAAAAACA